AUGGGGACACUAUCUGCUUCUGAUAUAGCAUCUGGCCCAGCUUUUGAUGCGGCAGUUUUACUUGCCGCGUACUCAUUAUUCCUUCCACGGCGUCAGAGCCCACCACAAAUUAGUUUCGUGGAAGAGGCAACAAAUUUUCAGUUGAAUAUGUUUCCCAUUUCAAAGAUUUUUCCCGAGUCAGCUAUUGCCAGCACAUAUCUGGCAUUGCACCACACACCCCUCUAUUAUCUGUUAUCAGUAUCUGGCAAGAGCUGGGUGUUUAACAAGAAACUGACUGACUCGAACUUGUUUACGGAACACCAGAAGCUUCUUGAAAAAUGGAGAAUUUCAGGCACGGCUUCAAUAGCAACAGUAUUUGCUGCGCGGGCGUUGAAGAUCUUCUUUGACGUGCAGACCUCGCCCAGCCAGGUAGAAUGUAACAGAGGGGAGGGUUGCCAGACAAAGACAAUACCCCUGUCCGACAUAUCAGAUUAUUGGGGCAUGUAUGUCUGCGCUUUAAUCUGUUGGGCUUUCGGUACAGCAGAGGAGCAAGACAAACCUAGAAAAGGCGUGACAAAAGAAGCUACUAAGGAAUGGAUUCUAAGGGUUGCAUCUCAAGAGCCAUCUGAGGUACAAAUGCAAAGUGGCCGCAACGGGGCUCGAGGGGUUGUCGGUCUUGUGAGGCAGACGCUGUCGACCGAGUGUCUGGGAGGAGGGAACAUUCUUUUUUCCGAUGCCAUAAACGUGCUGAUACGACUAGAGGAGGAAAUUACUGGGAACUGUUAA